CAAAAAUUUGAAAUAGUAAUUUUAUAAAUUCCUUUUAAUGCAUUAAUUUACGAAAAAGUUAUAAAACGGGUGCUUUUCUAGACACUAGUCAACACGAUACCACUAAAAAAUGGAUUUGGUUUCGAAUCAUCGCUACAAAUACAAAUAACCAAAUACAUACCUGUUUAAUAUAUUCUAGUAUUUUGAAAAUAAUGUAGUUAAUGUGAGAGAACACUGGAAGUAUAGUCACAACCGAAAUCUAUCUUAAUGGUAAAAAUUUGGAAUUUGGAAUUUGCUUACUUAAUUAAAACAUACCGUUUCUGUAUCCUCAACUUCAACAGAAGAAGUUUAAAUCGAUGUGAUAUAAGUUCCGCAAUGACCGAUAUUUUAUUUUUACAUAAAAGAUCUCGCUACUCUCUGGCAUGAAAGUAUUCCAUUAUUUAGAGC